UGUUAUACUUUUUAUAAAAUCGAUUGGCUCUGAAUAGUAAGCAUUAUCAACAUUAUUACUUUGCUCGCAAUAAUUCUAUGCGCUUUAAUAAGAAAUCUCACACACAAAUCUAUUUUCUUUGAGAGUUACAUCUCAUUCGUCUAAAAAUUAACAAACGUAUUAUCAACCUCAUGAAAAACGAAAUGCUAAGCCACCGACUUUUAACUCAGCUCCUGCUACUAUAUAAUUACUCGUGGUGGCUUUUAUUAAUCUUUGCCUUUCUCUGUACAUGAAAACUUAAUUUCAUAUUCUCUAGCUGACAAUACCUUAAUAAGGUAACUUUUAAAACGGCGAAAACUGACAAACUGACCCAAAUUGAUAAGCUGCUUCAAUGCCGAAGCACCAAGAUAUGAAAACCUGACGUAUCAAUACCGUCGACCUUGUCAUUUCCAGCCGCUAAUUCGCACGACGGAAAUCUCUUGGUCGUAUUAUAAUACUGGUAGAUCAUAUCGUGAAACCUAAGGUUACGAUAAUUAUCGCGAUUAAGGUGACAGUGAUGAGAAUAAUUUUAAUAUACUUAUCUUUUUAACAUAGUCACCGAUGAGGUAUUAUUAAAGAGUAAAGUCAGUUUUAUCCUCAGUACAGUCAAAAUCGUUAGUAAUGUCAUCAUUAUUCAAUUACUCCCGGAUCCACUUGACAGUUACGAAAGUUUGGGAGGCCGUCUUUAACAACAAUAUCUCGUCGGUGCUUUUACUGACAUUUUUUAACUAAUAUUUCAUUUGAAUUUUGCGCUGCAAAAUUUUGAUUGGCUACUGCGUAUGUCGACCACCAUUAUGCGCAAUGACACACGUAUUCCUACAUUAAUCAAGCUUGAAACAUGAAUUUACGAACGAUCGCUGUUUUUAUCGUGACUUGUCACUUUGUGAGAGGGUGAGGCGUGAUCAUCAUUAUGCACAAUACGCUCGAAAAUUACGCGUACAGGAUUACGGAUUCGGAAGGGCGAGUGGAAAGUUUCCACGACCGUAGAUCUCGAGGAAAAUCACAAAUGAUUGAGACAACUAGACGACCCAUCGUGAAUUAAAAUUGACUCUAAAAUGGACAAAAUGAUGCUGUUCGAUUUCACGGAUGCGCAAAGUGUGGACGACUGGCGGGAGAUGUCCGACACUGUGAGAACAGUGGGAAAAUCCAAAGCUGUCCUAACGCUGCAGACGAGCCAGCUCUUCCAGAGAGCGAUCCUCUUCACACUGCUGAAUCCGCAGCCGAAUGGUGCCGGUUUCGCUGGCGUCAGAAAGCCGACGAAUCUGGAUUUGUCGAGGUUCAGAGAUAUCGAGAUCACUUGCCGGGGACAAGGACAAAAUAGCCACUACAAGAUAUCCCUGAGACAUCGAGGACAGAAUUCCAACAAGGAUCUCAGCUACGAACAAUUCUUUACGGUACCAAUGUCGGAUGACGAAUUUUCCACAGUGACUUUACCUUUGAGAGACUUCAAACCUUAUUAUCGUGGACGUGAGAUCCCGGACGGUGAGCCUUUAGAUACAGCAAAUAUUACUAUGUUUGAAUUUCAAAUUUACGGAGGCGUUUACCUGCCCGUCAAGCAACGAGGUGUGUCGGCAUUAGAGAUAGAAACUGUAGCAGCUUCUUCUUAAUAAUCGUUCUGAUUCCCUAAUCGUAAUGGAAGAACAUAGCGUCUCCUCCAAAGAACUUUUAUUUAUGUACACAUCAAACGUUUACAUCAAUGUAUGCUACGAAUGACAGACGUGUAUAUUGGAUGUACUAUAUUAAAAAUAAAUAAUCGUUUUUUUUAUA